CGCGCGUCGACGGUUUCUGCUGCACGCGCCGUUAAUGUGCGUUGUGCUGCAGCAUCUGGAAGCUUCUGGAUCAGCGAUGGUGUCUUUAUAAUUUCUGCGCGGAGAUCACGCACAUUAUUAUUAAUACCGCUGCGAAACCUCUUGACACACAUCCUUACAACGUCUACUUCUAAACUUUGGCACACAGCAUUUCCAAAGAUGGCAGAAGGCAGGGGUAACAGGCAACACCCCCGUAAUUUGCAAGGUGUGCUUCAGAUGGCAGUGGAGGCCGGCUCUGCUUCGGACGGUCCGGCUCCACCAGAACCCAUGACUCAAGAGAGGUUGGAGUUUCUGAGAGGAGCUCUAGCAGAAGUGUGUAAAGGACAGAUGGAUGAGGUCGAGCAGAUGAAACAGUGUUUGGACGUGCUGAAUAGAGAUGAACGCAGGGAGGGAGAGGAGGAGGAGGAAGAGGAGGAUGAGCGAGAGGAAGCCCUGGAAAUGCUUUCUGAGCUCUGUGAGAACCUUGACAAUGCGAGAGAUCUGAUGAAGCUGGGCGGUCUGGAUUUGUGUAUGUCCCGGGCUCUCUGUCACUCCGAGGCGGGCAUUCGCUGGAGAGCGGCUCAGCUCAUCGCCAGCUGUGCCCAGAAUAUGCCCGAGGUGCAGUUCUACCUGCUCAACCAGGGGGCGCUCCUGACACUCCUGCAACUCACAGAUCACGACGCAAACAGCACAGUUAGAGUUAAAGCACUCUACGCCGUGUCCUGUUUAGUCCGGGAACAGGAUGUAGGUCUGCGGGACUUCCUGUCACAUGAUGGUUUUUCAGUGCUGAUGAGGGGGAUGCAGUCAGACAGUGAGAAACUGAGAACUAAAUCUGCUUUCCUUCUCCUCAACCUUCUGUCCAGUCACCCAGAACACAAAGAUACGGUGUUGUCUAUGGGGAUGGUUCAGCAGCUGGUGUCAGUUCUUCGGUCCCCUCAUUCCUCUGUACAUGAACAUGUACUUGGUGCCCUCUGCUGUCUGGUUGAGGACUCUCCCCGUGGUGUGAGUGAUUGCAGAGAUCCAUCGCUGGGCUUGGAGGAACUGCUCAACCAGCGAGUGCAGGACCUAAGGGGACAAGAGGAGAGCCAGGAGGAGCUGGAGUUUUGUGAGCGUUUACGAGUGGCUUGUUUCCAAGGGCAACCCCUGGAGGACAGUGGAAUGGAUCGCUGAGCUCUUUACCGGUGAUUUCAUUGGAAGGCAAAGAAAGAAAGAAGCAAGCCGUGUUUGUAUCCC